AAAGACGCACACUUGACAACUCUUCAGAUCAAGGGGUUCUAGGUACUGUUUUGGUCAGUCGUCUCAUUUACUUAGCAACAAUUUCGCAUUCGGGUUGGGGACAUUGUACAUUGCACAUGUUAAGCGGCAAUUCGGCUUCGUCGACACUGUUUCAAGCACACUAUGGUUUCAAGCCCAUACAUAGUCUUUUUUGAUACCUUCACUCACAAUGGACAGAUUCAAGAAAGUGUAGACUGUGUCCGGUUUAAGAGUGGCAUUGAGUUGGUGAAGAUAUGCAUCUUACCGUUCGGUUCUGUAGUCGAGAGUAACUUAUCUGAUGAACCACUUUUGGGAGCUACCAAUCCUGCAUCUUUCGAUAUAACGGUUUACAGCAACAGCCAGACAAAUUGUAUUGUAUUACAAAGUGUUGCUAAGUACUUUUUCAGUGAAAAAACAGGGAUCAAUACCAUCUACUUUAAAAAGCCUAUUCAGUCGAACUUUUUACUUUUCCGUGGAAUGUACUCAACACUGACGAUUGCCCUAUUCGGCUUGCCUACUAUGUCUCUAUCUGUUCAGUCACUGGCCCCAGCCACAAACCUUUCGAUACCCCCGCCUACAAUGGGCUUAACAAUUGGAGCUGUGGAAACAACUACCUCUGGGUUUUAUGCUCCAAACAAAAUUCCUGAAAUUCAGACGGAACAAAAGCCUGAUGUUCCAAGUAAUUGGCAACAAUGUAGUGUCCAAACAUCUGCAGAUAGUUAUAUGAAGUCUCAGACCCUAAAUGUUUGUUCACUACAACUUGAAAGUGAUCAGUCUUCCGUCCUCCCUGUUACAGAGACUGAACUGGAGGAGAAAGUAGAUGAUCCUAAGGCAUUGAAUACGGAAUCUGCUGGUAUUUAUGAAGAUGGGGAGAUACAAGAUGUCGAUUAUGAGGAAAUAUCAUCAAAUGAAGAAGUGUUUUCCGAAAUCGAAGAUGGUGAGAAUUUAGAGAUUGGUGAUCAACAGUCAGAUAUUGAAGAAGUUAAUGAAAUUGAAUCUCAAAUUUCGUCAUGCCAAUGGCGCUUCAAUCCAUUUGAUUUAAUCGACCAGUAUACUACCGUAUUUUCAUGCGAAUUCCAUCGGAUUGCAGAUCCAACACUAACCUUAUUCCAGCUACACUGCUGGCUAUUAGAACGUGGAUCAUCGGGUAAAGAUCAGUUGUUUUCAGAAAAUGAAAUGUUUCAUCAGAAUUCCAGUGAAAAUGAAGUUGGUUCGAACAUAAAUUUACUACCUCCUCCAGAUGAUUGGGCUGAUGCAACUACCUCUGGGUUUUAUGCUCCAAACAAAAUUCCUGAAAUUCAGACGGAACAAAAGCCUGAUGUUCCAAGUAAUUGGCAACAAUGUAGUGUCCAAACAUCUGCAGAUAGUUAUAUGAAGUCUCAGACCCUAAAUGUUUGUUCACUACAACUUGAAAGUGAUCAGUCUUCCGUCCUCCCUGUUACAGAGACUGAACUGGAGGAGAAAGUAGAUGAUCCUAAGGCAUUGAAUACGGAAUCUGCUGGUAUUUAUGAAGAUGGGGAGAUACAAGAUGUCGAUUAUGAGGAAAUAUCAUCAAAUGAAGAAGUGUUUUCCGAAAUCGAAGAUGGUGAGAAUUUAGAGAUUGGUGAUCAACAGUCAGAUAUUGAAGAAGUUAAUGAAAUUGAAUCUCAAAUUUCGUCAUGCCAAUGGCGCUUCAAUCCAUUUGAUUUAAUCGACCAGUAUACUACCGUAUUUUCAUGCGAAUUCCAUCGGAUUGCAGAUCCAACACUAACCUUAUUCCAGCUACACUGCUGGCUAUUAGAACGUGGAUCAUCGGGUAAAGAUCAGUUGUUUUCAGAAAAUGAAAUGUUUCAUCAGAAUUCCAGUGAAAAUGAAGUUGGUUCGAACAUAAAUUUACUACCUCCUCCAGAUGAUUGGGCUGAUGCAAGUCAGUCUGCGGAAUUUCUAGUUGAAAUGGCGAAAAAAUACUGUUCAGGAUCAACUACAGGCUUUCAUGAAGAAUGGGUUGAUGCUUUGGAUACUAUUGGUACUCAUUUGGCUGAAAGUUUAGCUUUUCUGUACUGCACAGAUCGGAAUUUGUAUCAGAGUGUCGUUGAAACGCUUCAGUUAUGGGUUUAUACAGGUUUAAAUAUGGAUUUGGCAUUAAGUCAACCGAAUGCAUCAUACAUUGUUAAGCAUAUUAUGGCAGGUGUGAAUCUUGCUGGUCUUGUAACUAGUACAAUUAAUUCAGAAAUAGCAAAUGCAUUACUUUAUCCAGUUACUUCAGAGAAUGGUAAUGAUGCAAAUUUUGCACAAAUAGACGAUUUACAAGUUCAACAUUUACUCUUAAAUCUUUUGGAAUCUCCUUUGAUUACAACACCAUUAAGACUUACUAUCUGUCGUGCUUUGGAUCAAACUACACGAUUGCCCAUUGGAUUAAAUGCCUUUUUGGGGACAACACAAAUAAAUUCAGACCGAAAAGGCGAUUUUAAAGAAAAUUUGAACAGUUCCGACUUUAAAUCCCUUGAAACCAAUACAAAUUCUGAUGAUGUAGGUCACUGUUAUACAAUUAAAACAAAUGAUGAAGAUAGUGAGCGAUUCAGUGAUCAAACGAAAUGGGAUGAGUCUAUUAAAAAGCAUGUCAUUAAUAACAGUGAUGAUGUGGAAAUGCUUGACAGACCUUUACCAUCCAACAAAAUUCAAUCACCUUAUCAACGUUUCAUUUUUAUUGUCAGCUGUAGUAAAAACUCUCGUACAACUGCUGCAUAUGAAAGACUAUUAAAUAAAGUACAUACUUAUGAACUCUUACUGGAGUUUCCAAAGUUAGUAAACCGUUUACAAAAAAUCACUGAACAACAAUUGUCCGGAAAUGAUGACAGUUUGCUUAAAAUUUUGGAAUUACAACAAACUUUAAUCAACCAUUUAGGAAAACUUAAACAUAUUUUUCGAAAUGCUGAACAAAUCAUAGCAAAUCCGAGAUAUUCUCUCCCAUGUCCAUUAUUGUUAAAUGGUAACAAAUGUAUCUCUCACAAUCCAUACGCAGAUUUAUGUGCCAUGCUGGACUCUUGUGAUCUGAUUAAUUCUUUGACUGGUUUAAUGAAUCAACUCACUAAAAUCCAUGAAGAUUUCUUACAAGAAAGUGAAUUAGAUAGUCAUGAAAUAAAUCUGUCGUGUUUAGUCACUCAAAUUCAAGCAUCAAUUCAUGAAUUAUUAUGCACUUUGUGCUGCCAUUCUUCUGGUUUGUUGUUUUUGGCUUUUCGACCUGAAUCAACUAGUCUACUGAUUAAGGCUUGUCUACAAACAUUUUCCAAUAUCAUGUUAAAGGAUACCAUGAGUAACAGUAAAACAGUUGCAUCAAAUUAUUUAAUAUUCGGUUUGGAGUUAAUUUAUAAAAUUGAGGCUUUACGAUAUUUAGAUUUACUGAUUGAUUGGACAAGAAGGAAAGGUAUGACAGGUGUUUAUUCCUUUAUUACACAACUUCAAUCAGAGACUAAUAUUACUGCUGAUCUCCGAGCCAAUGAAAUCAAUAUUCGUGAUGCUUUAUUCGGAUUAACCAGGCUAACAUUGAAUUCUAUUGGACAAUUUUCUAAUUUUAUGGAUAUAGAUUCAAUCAAUGGUGGUUUCAUGGAUGAUGAUCAUUUGUUUAAUGUAGAAAAUAUAAAAGAAUAUGUACUUACAACUCUUACUACUGCAGCGCCUAUAUGGAUUGCUGAUGUGGUCGCUAUGGAUGAUUAUUUUGCUCCAUUAUUAAUGAUAAUUGAAGCUUUCUCUGAGCAAGAUUUAGAUGCAAAAGGUGGAGGAAACAGUACAGUUAAUAAAUCAAUGACAAAAAAUGAAAAACCGAAAAGUUCAAGUGAUGAUAUAAAAUCUAAUACUCAAUCGAAUGCUGAACAGUCACCGACGAACGAUCAAGUCGAAGCGACAAAUGUAUUAAGCUCAAAAGCAACAAUUCGUAAUCUUCUCUCUGGACCAAUACACUUGAAUAGUUUAGUGAAUACAUUGGUUAUUACUGUAUUACGUCAUAGUGAGAAUGUGUUCUACUUAGAUCGUUAUGGACCUCGUUUAGCACAAUUGAUUACUCCUUCCCAGCAAAUCGAAAGUAUACAAGAUAUUCCACCUAUUGAUGUAUUAGCUCAAAUGACUUCAUUUACACGAACAGUUGGUAGUUACUUACAUUGGCUUCGUGAUGGACCAUCUCGUUCUCAUGUAACCGGUAUUUUGAAUAUACCAUCAGACUCCCUACUUUCACCUGAAUCUUGUUCGUGGUUAAUUAAACAGUUACAGACAAUGACUAGUGAAUUUAAUGAUGCAUUAGAUACAAUUCUAGGUCUUGAAGUUGCUGAUGAUCUUCUUGCAGCUCCAAAUAAUGUUUUCACAUCACAAAUUAAUUAUUCUGGGCGUCGACAACUAACUUCUCAACUUUCAGCUGGUCGAUUUAUACCACCUGGUAUUUUGUUAAUACUACGUUUAUUGCGUACAAGCAUACUGGGCUCCAAUCACUCUUCAACAUUUAAUCGUUUAUCAGAUAGUUCUUAUUCAGAGCAACAAAUUAUUCUAUCUCGUACUCAAGUGCUUAUUGAAAUUUUUAGUAUGAAUGGGUUGAAUACAUUUAUCACAUUAAUUCAAAAGUUAUCAGAUUUCUUCAUAAUUCAACUUCAAGCUACAUUAUCUCAAGCAAAUAAUACAAUUGAUUUAAUCGAUAUAAGUACUUGUAAUUCGAAUAUCAGUAUAAUAUUUUCCAUGUUUGAUUCUUUAACACAAAUUGUUUCUGCUGUUUUGCGUACUAUCAUAUCAAUUCAAGGUGUUGAUUUUCAAGAUACUAGAAUUUUAAAUCCAUUAUUUCAUGCAUAUGCUUGCACAAUCUUUACUUAUUGUCCACCUGGACCCAAAGCUGUUCAACUUGAAAGGAUUCGUGAUAGUAUAAUAAUUGGUCUGUUGGCUUAUACACAUUCCGAGUUAAACAGAGUACUAAAUGUUCAAGAGAUUAAUAAAUCAUUUUGGGUUUUAAUGCUGAAAGAAUUAGUUCAUUUUACUAUAUCAUCACCUUGCUUCUUUUUACCGGGCAUACUGAUAUUCUUAGAUUUAUUACCUUUACCAUCGCCAGUAGUUACCGUCCAAGGAUCUUUCGAUUCGAAUGAUGAAUCUAAGAUAAAUAGUUCUCGAGAUAUAUGGGCUGCGCAUCUUCUGGCUUUAUCUUCCGAGUUAAUUGGAAUGAUACAGUUAUUAAGUGCAACUAUUUCAUCACCUAACAAUCUUCUAUUCUGUAAUCUAUUCAAAUUUGUUGAACGUUUAGCUGAUAUUUGUCGUUUACCGUUCGCCAGUUUAUUGGCUAAUGCAUGUUUAGAUAGUAUUGGUGAUAUUAGAAAUCAAAUAUUAAAUGAAACUGAAAAACAAGAAAAACAAUCAACGGAAAGUACAUUAAAUGAUGGAGAUAAUAUCGAGAAUUUGUGUUCAAAAACAGUUGAGAGUUUAUCUUCAUCAUCUUCAGUGAAUAAAAAUAAUGAUUCAGCUGGCGAAUUAAACGCUCCUAGUACAAAAUUAUUAUUAAAUCCACAACCUAUACUUGAUCCACGAUUAACAUCACAACAGGAUUUAGGAAUUAGUUCUUGGCAAGCUAAUUCUAUGACCGAUUCAUCUGUUACAAUAAACUCGCAAUUCAUUAAUAAUGCAAAGAACAUGACUACUACUAAUAAUAAUAAUUGUAGCAGUAAUAAUGCAAAUUUAGUAAAAUUUUCAAUAAAACAAAUCGAAUCUACUGAAUUGAAUGCUGCAUUAUCUAUGCUAUUCAUUCUGCUUAAAAUACCAUUUUAUCGAUAUGCCGUAUUAGAUGCAUUACGUCAUCAAUCGGUUAAUCAUCAAUCUGAGAAUUCCGAGAAUGCUGCCUCCAGUCCAGAACCUUCAUCAUCUGUAAAUCUUCGUCGGCAGAAUUUUCUAAAUGUUGUCGACUCAGUUUUAUCGGACUAUUCUGAUAAGACUUCAUGCAUCUCUGUUCAAAUUAAACUUCUUCAAUGCCUUAGUCUUCUUGUUGAUGUGAAAUUAUCAACAACUAAUACAAAGUACACUAAUAACAGUGAUGUCAAAUGUUCAGAUGAAGAUUCUACUAGUGAUGAAGAUGAAGCACAAUUUCUGGCAGAUAAUUUACCAGAUUUAAAUUUACUCAAAGAAUUAGUCCUUAUACUUAUCAAACAUAUUAAUCAUCCUGAUAGAGAUAUGACUACUUUACCAUCUGCACUAGAUCCCUUGAUCAUAAUCACUGAACAUGAUCCAGGUUUUGUUAUAGUUAAAGAAUCACUGGAUAGCUCUACUGCAUUUAAUAAUGGUCAGCAUUUAUUUGCUAAUUUGGUUCAACGUGUUAACGAUAGUUUUAGUGCAGAUAAUCCAGAUUGUCAGGCUACAUUGACUGGUUGUUUACGAUUGAUUCAAUCAUUAUUAACAGAUCACAGUACACUACCGCUAACUUUUAUGUCCAAAUGCAUCAAUUGGAAUGAAUGUGAAGAAUUCGAUAGUGCAUCACUAGGUGUUCAAAUAGAUGAUAAACAUGUAAAUAAAACAAGUAAUUUAUUCACCAGACAACUUCAUAUUUCCGGUGAACGUGUUCGUGAGUUAUUGGGUUGGUCAGGAAGUGGAGAUCAGGGCAAGCCUGUUCGAGAUCUUCAUGCAUUAUUAGAGAUGUUAGCUGACGAUGAACCAUCACUGGAAUAUUUAAGAAGUGGCAUGAAAAAUCUUUUAUCCUUAUUAUCUCAUGAAUAUGAUAUACCUGAAUUAAAAGAGCUAACCACUUCUACUGCAAGGUUUGUAGCGACAACUAGAAUAAAUGAAGAUUCCUUGUCAGAUGAACUAAAUAUGUACAAAUUAAGAUCAAAACUACCAAAUGCUCGAUCAUUGAGUGUAAUAAUACGAGAUCAUCAGAAAAAAUUUGUCAAACUAAAUUUAGAUGGUAAAAAUUUGAAAAAGACACAGAAUCAAUCAAUUAAAUGUUUGUUUGAAAAUUUUUCAGCUGCAUAUGAUAAGAUUUCGGAAGAUAUUGAUAUGGAAUUACCUUUAAGUGGGUCGAAAUAUAUUGGUCAUCAGAUUCCAGUAUCUAUUUCUUAUCAAAAUGAUUUAGUACAUUGUGAUCUAAAUGAUAUUGCAACAAAUGGUUGUAAUAAAAUGCGAAUUCGUGAUGAAUUAGCCAAAUAUGGACAUUUAAAUGAUGCAAGUGAAGUAGCCAUUAGACAUCAGAAACGUAGACGUGGUCAGUCUUCAAUUAUACAAACUGGGACAACUUUUAAAAAAUUCGUUGCACCAAUGCGUGGUCGAGGUUUUAUCUUACGCAAUGCAACCCCAUCAAAUUCUUCAUCGAGUAAUACCGCUCCUGUCGCUUUGGGAUCUACUAUUGGACAGCUCAAUUCGAAUCUAACAGGCAUUCGUGGUGAUCCGUUCCGUUCUAGACCACUGAAUACAAGUCGUCCUCCUAGUUUACACGUUGAUGAUUUUACAAAAUUAGAAAAGGAAGAAGGAAUUAUUGAAGAAACAACUCAUGCCAGACAAUAUCGUGAUAAUAGAACAAUGAGAGUUUCAUACAGAUUCCAAAAUAAUGGAAAUCGAGUUCAUAUAAUUUUUUUAUCGCAUAAUUAGAUCAUCUUUUUUUCAGGACUUAUUAAUGUGUAUGUAGCAUUUUCUUUCUUUAUUUCAUUCAUAUCACGAUACAUUGUAUAGCUCAGUUUUUUUUGUUUUAUAUAGGUCGUGGAGCGAGAUUUGGUACUGUACGUGGUGCUUUCUCCAAUCAUAAUACUGUAAAUCUAUCCAGUAUGCCGAAUGUACCAUUUGGUAUAAAAAUCCCGAGUAUUAAUCCAUUGCAUACUACAUCACUUUUACCCAAUUGGUCUGUUGGUGCUAGAUCCAUUCCAUUACUACCAUUCAGUUUGGAGCCACGAGCUAACCAAGAACGAAGAGAACGACAUGGGCGAUAAAGAGGAAUUCUCAUCCUUCAUCAAUUCAAAGAAACAUCAUUUUAAUUUUAAAUGUAUAUAACACUAUUUACUUACAUAGUAAAUGUUGCUUUUCAAAUGUAUCUUUGUUCAUUACUUUUUCAUAUGCACAGAAAUUACCAUUUGCUUUUGUAAAGUUUUGAAGAAACGUAAUGAGAAAAUGACUUUAU